ACGUUUUAGCAACCUGAGUUUUCGGUUUUCUCUCUUUAUAGAAAGGUGACAAGCAAGAAACAAGCCGUGUUUUAGUAUAAAAUUGCGGUCUCUUAACCGUGACAAAGUCCGAAAUAGAACUGCGACCAACUACGAUCUCAUUUCCAUUGUUUUACUCCCUGGUAGCCAGAUUCUGAUAUAUCCGUGCAUUGUGCAAUGUGCAUCCAGCCGUGCUGCUGUCAGUGGUGUCAGAUUCUGGCUUGCGCUAACGGGUGGUGGGGGAAGAGUGGGGGUAGUUUCCGAUAGUUGUAGCUAUAAAGUUUGCGCGUCGCAUACUCCAACACGUCCCAAUACGCUCCUACCAUAGCUCCUACUCACUCCAACCCGUUUGAUAGAGUGAGUAGGAGCUAUGGUGGAGCAUGUUGGAGCAUGUUGGAUCUUGCGACGCGACAAACCUAUAGCUGUAGCUAUCGGCAACUACCCCCACUCUUCCCCCACCACGCGCUAGCGUUGGUAGCGCAAGUCAGCGCAAGUCAGAAUCUGGCAUCACUGGCUGCCGUGUUUUUAUUGUGUUAGCUGCCAUGUAUAUACAGUGGUACUUAUACUAGGGAAGAUCUUGAUCUUAAUGAAGCAACUGUGAUCACAGCAAAAUGUCUGUUAUGAUCCAACACGUUGCAGUGAAUCCUUGUCUCGAUACUAAUGCUACGCUUGGAAUAGAUAAAGCGUGUUUUAGCAUUCUGAACGAAUAUAAUAGAUCUGUUACAUUGUAUUCUCAUUUAGCGGAUUGCUAUCUGUGCGAAGAUGUUCCACAAGCUAUUUUACCAGCAAAAGAAAAUAGCACAUUAAUUGUAUCUACAAAAUUUCCCUUGCACAUAUUUUACAAAGAUAAGGUUGAAUGGUGUCACACAACAUACAAUUUUAAAGAACAUGGAAGUUAUGGGUGGAAUAUUUCUGAGGAGCAGCGUUGCUCGGAGAUUUAUACCAUUCGUGAAUCGAUCAACAGUUAUCUUCCAAUAUUUGCAGCUUUCAUGGUGUUUGUUCUGCUAACUGUUUUUUUUGCUACUAUUAAAGUUAUUAUACGUGUAGUAAAGGGAAAAUUAUCUCCAGAUAAUGUACACGAUGAUUUGGACGAGCUUCAAGAAGCAGAGACCUCAAAUAUAAUGGUUAGGACAAACAGAUCUAGUACUAGGAUCCGUUCAGUCGAUACGUUCCGAGGGAUUGCUAUAUUAUUGAUGAUAUUUGUCAAUAGCGGAGGUGGCCAGUAUACGUUUUUUAAUCAUAGCGCAUGGAAUGGUUUGACAGUGGCCGACUUAGUAUUACCUUGGUUUGCGUGGAUCAUGGGAUUGUCGAUCACUAUAUCAAAGCGAUCAGAACUUCGUGUGUCAAAUUCACGUGGAAAGAUUAUUUUGCGUUGCCUGCAACGUACAAUUAUUCUCAUACUUUUCGGAUUGAUGUUGAACUCGAUUUACGCAAAGUCGCUAGAUAAUCUCCGGUUUCCUGGUGUUCUUCAGUUGCUGGCUGUUUCAUACUUCAUAUGCGCCACUAUUGAGACUAUAUUUAUGAAGACGCAUUCUCAGUUCGGUCGAUUUACAGUCCUGCGAGAUAUCUUGAACAAUUGGGCGCAGUGGUUGAUCAUUUUAGCGAUUAUGAUGACGCAUAUCCUAAUCACGUUUCUCCUGCCUGUUCCGAAUUGUCCAACAGGAUAUUUGGGACCCGGUGGUUAUCAUCAUUUCGGAAAAUUCGCUAAUUGUACUGGAGGUGCAGCCGGUUACAUAGACAGACUUGUGUUUGGCAAUCAUAUGUACUCCAAAACACAAAAUCCUGUGUAUGGUACCAUCUUGCCUCAUGAUCCUGAAGGUAUAAUGAACACUAUGUCUAUAAUACUUGUUGUGUACUUGGGUGUCCAUGCUGGAAAGAUUUUAUUGCUCUACUAUCAAUGCAAUGCUAAAGUAAUACGCUGGUUACUGUGGUCAUUUGUCACCGGUCUUAUUGCUGGAAUAUUAUGUGACUUCGACAAAGAAUUUGGAGUAAUACCAGUCAGCAAGAAGAUGAUGUCGCUUUCAUUUGUAUUGACAGUAUCCUGUUUUGCAUUUUUAUUAUAUGCAAUCUUAUAUGUCUUUGUCGAUUAUAAACAAUAUUGGAGCGGUGCACCAUUCAACUAUGCAGGUUUGAAUCCAAUUACUCUCUAUAUUGGGCAUACUGUCACCAAGGGCAUAUUUCCAUGGGCUUGGACACUGACGCAUGCUACGCAUUGGUCAGUUCUUGCUAUGAAUUUGUGGACCACAACGUUAUGGGGUGUUAUUGCAUAUUGGUUGUAUUUAAAAGACAUAAUUAUAUCUAUUUAAAAUUAACACUGUCAAAGAUAUUAUUAAUGUUAUCGUAAAGCAUUAUAAUCCUGUGUGCAAGGGAUUAAGUACAUUAUUAGCAAUUGCUACACUUACAUUAUUGUUAAUGCAGAUAUAUACUUGCUUAUGAGACUGUGUGAUUUACAAAAAAAAUUCUAAAAUAUUAAAUGAUGAAUAGAAAGA